CAGAACAAUCUUCCUAUGGAAGAAUCUGAUGAUUCAAAAACCGAUGUAUCUGUUAUCAGGGAAAGAAUUGAUGAGACAGGGAAGAAUAUAAAGACAGAUGCAUGUUCCGAAAUGGGGAGGAGACGGUUGUUGGGUCCUCCAGGGACCUUGAACACCAUCACACCUUGUGCCGCAUGUAAGCUCUUGAGGAGAAAGUGUGCCGAAGAGUGUCCUUUCUCUCCUUAUUUCUCCCCACAUGAGCCGCACAAAUUUGCCGCCGUUCACAAAGUUUUUGGUGCAAGCAAUGUCUCCAAGAUGUUAAUGGAGGUGCCGGAGAGCCAAAGAGCCGAUGCGGCGAACAGUCUGGUGUAUGAGGCGAACUUGAGGCUAAGAGAUCCGGUUUAUGGCUGCAUGGGUGCAAUCGUGACUUUGCAACAACAAAUGCAGACCUUGCAAGCCGAAUUGAACGCUGUAAGAGCUGAGAUACUGAAAUACAAGUUUAGAGAAGUUACUACUACUUCUAGUCACACUCAGGCUGCUGUGAUUUCUGCUGUUGGGGCGGUACCAAUUGCUGCUCCGUCAUCUCCUCUUCCGCGAACUCCUCCUGUUCCGCCACGGCCUCUUCCUUCCAUUGUUGUCUCAUCAUCUUCCUCAUCUUCCGCAUCUAAUUCUCUGUAUACAUCGUCAACCACAGCAACCGGAUAUAGUAACGUUCCAUAUUUCGACUAA